AUGGCCGCAAACACAAAGUACGAGCCAGCUCCCCAGCGGGACUCCUUCGAGGAGGGGCCGGCUUACUCCCAACCCCCGCCGUCUUAUCAGGCAGCGCCGGAGUUCUCAAGCGCGCCUCGCAGCGAAGGCGACAACGUCCCUGAUGACUUCAAGUUUGGUGGUACUAUUGCGGAGGCUACUCUGCCGAUCCGUAUGCAGUUCAUUCGCAAAGUUUAUGCGAUCCUAACUGUUCAGUUGCUCCUUACAACCGCCAUGAGCUCCAUCUCUUUCUUUAGCGAAAGCUACCGCCACUGGAUCCAGGCCAACUUCUGGCUGAUGUUGGUGUCCGUCUUUGGUGCUCUGGGUUUCAUGCUUGUGACAUACUGGAAGCGCAAGAGCUAUCCGACCAACCUGCUGUUCCUUACUGGCUUCACCGUCCUUGAAGCCUAUGCCAUUAGCGUGGCCACGUCCUUCUACGACGCUCGCAUCGUGGUGCAGGCGCUCUUCCUGACCUUGGGUAUCUUCGUAGCACUCACGCUGUUUGCGUGCCAGACCAAGUACGACUUCACAAACUGGAUGCCCUACCUGUUUGGUGGACUCUGGUUCUUGAUCCUGUUCGGUUUCAUGGCCGCCUUCUUCCCCAGGAACAGCGCAGUUGAACUUGGCUUUGGUGCAAUCGGGGCUCUGAUCUUCUCUGGAUACAUUCUGGUGGAUACCCAGUUGAUUAUGCGUCACUACCACGUUGAGGAAGAGAUCGCUGCCUCUAUUUCGCUCUACCUGGACAUUCUCAACCUUUUUUUGUCCAUUCUGCGAAUUCUGAACAACCAGAACAACAAUUAG